AUGGUUCUUCCCUCCCUCUUCUCCAAAUCCUCGUCCAAGAAGUCGAAAUCCUACGACCAUCCGGUGCUCGUUGCCCGCCCGUCGUCCAACAGUUCGCCCAGCACAGCCGGCACGCCAGGCACGCCAGGCACCCCUCUCCCCUCUCCCGACAAAAAGAGCCACUCCCGCGUCAAGGACCGGGAACGCCCUUCUGGCAGCAGCCGGCGCUCCAACAGCAACGCGCACUCUUCCCGCCGCUCGUCCAAGUACGACGACCGCGAUUCCCACCCGCUCAACUUGCCGCCCGAGGAACGGCAGCGCCUGUCGUUCACGGCCAUUGCCAACAUGAGCGACCAGGCCACGCCUCAACCCAUGGACGUGGACAGUCGCGAGCACUCGCCUGCAUCUGUGCCCUCGAGCCCUGUGGCUGCUGCUGCUACUACUAAUACUACUACUCCUGCUGCUGCUACCGCCCCAGAGGCCCCCAAGCCUAAUGGCCAGCCCGCUGACCGUCCAGCACCUCCCCCUCACCGCUACACGAAGAGCCCCCCGCCGCAAUCGGCCACGUACGCAGCCACGCCUGAGGCCGCAACACCCCCAGCAGAGCCACCGACCAUCGAUGCCGAGGAAUACAAGGCGGCGGGCAACAAAUUCUUCAAGAUCAAAGACUACCCCGCCGCCAUCAAGGAGUACUCGAAAGCUAUCGAGGCCGACCCUCACAAUGCCACGUACUACUCGAACCGCGCUGCCGCCUACAUCUCGGCCAACAAAUUCGUCGAGGCCAUGGAGGACUGCAAAAUGGCCGACGAGCUAGAUCCGGGCAAUAUGAAGAUUCUGCUGCGACUGGGCAGGGUGCUGACUAGCCUUGGACGGCCCGACGAGGCGGUCGAGGUCUUCAACCAGAUCAACGCCACAGCCAAGGACAAACAGCCUGCGCUUAAUAUGCAAAAGCACCUGCGCAUGGCUGAGGAGACGUUCCAGAAAGACGGCGCAGGGUCCAUGAUCAUAUAUGCACUCAACGAGGCUGAAAAGGGCCUGGGUGCGGGCGUGGAUAAGCCACGAAAAUGGCAGCUCAUGCGUGGAGAGGCGCACCUACGGAUGGGUAACCCCAACGCUCUUGGUGAGGCUCAGAACGUAGCCAUGGGACUCCUACGGUACAACAACCAAGAUCCAGACGCGCUUGUCCUCCGCGGCCGCAUCUUGUACGCACAGGGAGAGAAUGACAAAGCGAUUCAGCACUUUAGGCAGGCGUUAAGCUGCGAUCCCGACUUCAAGGAUGCUGUACGAAACCUGCGAAUGGUGCAGAAGCUGGAACGUAUGAAGCAGGAGGGCAACGCUGCUUUCAAGGCCGGUAGAUACCAGGAGGCCAUUGACACAUACUCGCAAGCCCUGGACGUCGACCCCUCGAACCGAAACACAAAUUCGAAAAUUUUGCAAAACCGCGCACUCUGCCACACCCGACAAAAGAGCUGGAAGGCCGCAAUCGCAGACUGCGACAGGGCCCUCGAACUCGAUCCAAACUACACCAAAGCCCGCAAAACUAGGGCAAAGGCCCUGGGCGAGUCUGGAAACUGGGAAGAGGCAGUCCGCGAUCUCAAGGCAAUUCAAGAAGCCAACCCAUCCGAGCCGGGCAUCGCAAAGGAAAUCCGCGAAGCCGAAAUGGAACUCAAGAAGAGCAAACGCAAAGACUACUACAAGAUUCUCGGUCUCAGCAAAGAUGCCACCGAGACUGAAAUCAAGAAAGCAUAUCGCAAACUUGCCAUUGUCCAUCAUCCCGACAAGAACCCAGACGACGCCGAUGCCGUCGACCGUUUCAAGGAGAUCCAGGAAGCACACGAAACCCUCAGCGACCCACAGAAGCGCGAGCGAUAUGACUCUGGUGCUGAUCUGGUUGACCCGUCCGACAUGUUCGGUGGUGGCGGCGGCGGCUUCCAUGGUGGCGGUAUGGGCGGCGGCAUCGACCCAGAAAUUCUGAUGCAAAUGUUCGGUGGCAUGGGAGGUGGCGGCGGUAUGGGCGGCGGCCGUGGUGGAGGAGGUUUCCAUUUCCAGUCCGGGGGCAGCCCCUUUGGCGGCAUGGGUGGCAUGCCUGGCGGUAGUCGACGAAGCCAAGGUCCACCCGGAGGCUUCCCCUUCUAA